AUGGAUGACUCAGUAUGGGAGUUAUACAAGCCAGAGCUUCACCGGCUCUACAUUCAACAGAACAAGAUCUUGUCGUAUGUCAGGGAGUACAUGGCAUCCAUGUACGGCUUUGACGAGACAACGGCUCAGUACACGAAGCACUUUAGGAAAUGGGGGUUCCAAAAGAACCAAAAGCUCUCCGAGCAGGAGGGCAUUUUUAUCGGGAAACGCAUGGACAAACGGAAACGGGAGUUUGAAAAGAAGAGUGAGGUACACAUUAACGGCAUUGAGUAUGCGCCGCGCAAGCUCCAGAAGGCAAUAUAUGGUAAAGCCUAUGUGCCGACAAUGCAGAGCCAUGGCUUCCCUGGAGCUCCGUCGCCAGAUACCCCCGAGGGCAUCGUUGUCUGUACCCCGGCAACACCCAGCAUGCAGCUUGAUUGGAAUCUGGCUCUCCCAUGGCUGCGGUUUUCAAAGCUCUUGCGGACAGAACAGACCGAAGUCUCGUCUCCAGCUCAACAGCCGUCGCCGACCUCCACCUUGGCUGUAGCCUCUCCCCGAGAACCUAAUGCUAUAUCACACACCGUGAAAUACCAAGUGGUAGAUCGUUUGAGAUACCUUGUUCCCUGGGACCGGCUGUCUCACCCCAUUGGUGUGAACAGCAGCUCGCGAACCGCUACCGGCCUGCGCAUUCUAAUGCCCGAAGAGUCCGAGGGCCAACUCCACGCUUUGGCGAUGCGAUUCUCCGAAUCCAAGCAGUCCACAACUGAUAGCCUGGGCCUGGAGAUGUUUUUGCUAUCCAAUAACCUGGUUUCACACGGGCCAGACGGGAAAACAUUCGAUAGCAUGAGAUCUCAUGAUAAGCGGGUCAUGGAGAUCUUGCGAGUAUCCGGAUGGAAUACCGUCGCGCAACUUCAAAUCCUGCUAUCAGCUAAGGAGCCAACAGCCGGCGCCAUAGCAGAGAAGAUUUUUGCUAGUGCCUUGCGAAUUCUAGACGAAGACGUCGUUGAAAUGAUGCUUGAGGCUGGUAUGAGCCCCGAUGGCUGUAUCGACACUGUGGACAAUGGCUCUCUUACGCCGCUACAAUUUCUUGCCACCCUUGGUGGCAUUUACACGGAGCUUAUUGAAGUUUUUAUAUCCCGCGGUGCAGACCUCAACAAAUCAUACAACGACAUUUCAGCCCUUGAAUAUGCUGUUGAUUUUGAUAAUACGGUCGUGAUUGAGGUCUUGCUUUCCCGAGGUGCUCGUGUUACACCAUCGUGUCUCGCUGCUGCUGCAAGGAACAUUCAGGAUUUAAGCCGUUUCCAGAGGUUUCUAGGCCCCGAUACAGAUGUAAACGAACGGAGCGGGUGGCAGGGACCCAGUCCGCUAGCCCAGGCUGUGUCGUCAGGAAGCAUUGAGAUCAUAAACCUCCUACUUACUAGGGGGGCCGAUGUUAACGCAUUCCAUGAGAUUGAUUUCAAUCACGACGUGGGAUUCACUACGGUACUUGGAAUUGCAGUGCAGUCAGGGAAGCUGGAAAUCAUUGAAGCUCUGCUACACGCUUGUCCGGACGUCAACCCCGAGAUAGAAGACGGGCUGCCCUAUGUUUCGCCGCUUGCCAUAGCUGCGUCCACUGCUAAGGGAUGGCCUGGGGCUGUUACCCUUCUUCUCCAAGCGGGAGUUGACAUUUCUAUUGCCGAUGGCUGUAGCGAGCGGACCCUAUUAGAACUUGCUAGUCGGAAUACCAAGAAUAUUGGCGUUUUCGAGCUGUUGGUGGGGUACGGCGCAAUGAUAGACAGGCCACUGUCUGAGAAAGAACAUGCUACGUCUGCCCUGCUUUCUGCUGUGAAAGCCGGUGCUACAGAGCUGGUCAGUUUGCUCAUUAGUAUGGGAGCGCGGCUCAACGAUGUGUACAGCACCCCCCCUGGAACGGCACUUGGGGCAGCCAUUGAAAAGGGAGAUCUGGAUCUUAUUCAGAUGUUGCAGGUUGCAGGAGCUGUUUCGAUUAGCCCAAAGCUUAGACGCAUCACCAAUUUAGAAACUGCUGAGUAUCUAGACGAAAUCGGGCUGCUUCAAGGUAUUCUGGAUAUAUCCGGAGCCGAGAUCCUGAAAGCUGCACUAUUAGCAAAAGACAACAAUCUGGCACAGAGACUGCUCUAUCGUAUUGUUGAGUUUAACACCCUCGGCGCAGAGGCGACGGACUAUAACGGCCGUAUAUCCCAGAAGACGCCGCUGCAGACCGCAAUUACCACGAAGCGUCUCCCUGUUGCAUACACCAUCCUCGAACGGGGGGCAACAGUCGUCGAUUGUGACCUUGCAGUCGCGGUGCAAUAUACUGUUAAGUACAACGAUACUGAAUUGUUAAGGCGUCUACUCACGAGGUUCCAAGGGAGCGCUCCAACCGCAAUGGCUGAAGCAAUCCUAUCAGACAGGCCGGACCUCCUUCAGCUCCUCCUCGCCGCGGGUCUGGAUGCAACGGGGCAGCCACAGAAAUUUCGUUGUCAAUCGGAGGUGUCUGAAGAUAGCGACAUCUACUUUGACCCCCCGGAGUCAGUUCUAGAAAUACUAUCCCAGUCGAACAACAGGCCAAUGCUGGAAACAAUUCUGCACAGCUGCCCCUGGAGUCCAAGUUUAGUAGGACGUGCUUUAACUUUAUCAAUCAUCUCUAGCCACAUCGAACUAGCGACAUACCUGUUAAGCUGGCAUGUGGACGUAAACCAAGAGAUCACAAUUUACCAUCCGGAAGUGGAGGACGAAGACGGAAAGCCCAUACCAGGGUAUAAGAUAGUGGUUACUCCCUUGCAAAUUGCAGUGAGGGACCAGCAUGUCCAUGUUGUAGAACAAAUGUUGGGUACACACCCCGCUAUCGACAUCAACUAUUUGGGAGCAGGCGAAAACCGUCGCACAGCCCUACAGCAUGCCGUGGAGAAUGGAAACAUGGAGUUGGUCAACUUACUUCUUCAUCAUGGAGCCAAUAUAAAUUCCACUCCCGCAAGAGACGGAGGGGCAACUGCACUCCAAAUUGCAUCAAUCCGCGGAUACCUGGGGAUCGCGCGAAGGCUUAUCGAGCUGGGCGCCGAGAUCAAUGCUGCCCCUGCAAGGGUGAAUGGGAGAACGGCCCUUGAGGGAGCGGCAGAACACGGCCGGAUUGAUAUGAUCCAGAUGCUCCUCCUAGGAGGGGCCUCAGUCACUGGUGAUGAUGGGCAGCGCCAAUACCGCCGCGCGAUUGAGUUUGCAGAGAGGAAUGGGCAUAAUGCAGCUGCGCGACUGUUGAUCUCUUUCGAGCCUCGGCAGGAGGAAAUGGGGCCUGAUUCAGGCGAUGGUGUUGAUGGUAUAAAAAGUGCUGAUUGGGGCUGUUAA